AUGGAAACAGUUACUACAGAUUUUGGCAAGCGAGUGUACCAAGGAGUGCGAGUGAAACACACAGUCAAAGAUCUUCUUGCUGAAAAGCGAUCCAGGCAGAGCAGUGGCUCCUGCUUCAGUGGCAGCACCAGCACACCACAGUCAUCUUUUGUCCAAAUGCCAGGUUCCCCUACCACGGCUGGUUACUACGGAGUCAGGAGGUCCUUCGCUGCUGACUUGGAUUUCCACAACACAAAGCAGUUUGUCAGUGAUGUCUAUUCGUCCCCGCUGGGGUCCAAGCCCUUCACGUGCGAUUCCUCCACCACCCAGGGCUAUCCAACGCUUCUGGACCCGUAUCUCCCCGAGCAAUACGGGGAUUUCCGUAGCGCUCCCCUCACGCCUGGUACCAGCUCCUUCUUCAGCCCUUCUUCACUGCCCCCUCUCCUGCCAUCCUUCCCCAAUGACACAGCGCAUUUCCUACUAAGAGAGCCGUGGGAGCAGACCUCUCCUGACAGCCUGGGCCAGUCGGAUGCCGCAUGCUCAGAGCCUCCGCAGGCACUGCCUGCAGGCACCGGCUGCCUCGCCUCGCACGAGCCCGGAGGCUCUUCCCCAUACCGGAGCUCGGGCUGGACCCCGGCCAGCCCUGGAGCCCAGCCCUACCCCCUGCAUCCCCUUGAAGAUGCCCACUACUCGCCCAGCUACGCCGCCACCUCGCCCUACUCCUUCUCGCCCUUCGUCACCGCGGCAAGCGAGCUCGCCUCCAGGAUGAGCCACCUCUCGCCGGAGCCGCCCGCGGAGCUGCCGCCCCUUCACGAUAACUCUGCCUGGGCGAAGGAGGAUGGAAGUCCCGCCUGGGGCACGUACGAAGGCCGGAGAACUUACUGA